AGCUCGCACAGUCAGCGACAGCAGCAGUGUGGUGACCAGACGGUCCGCACAGAGACGCCUUCCACCAAUGGGCCAUCAGAACAACUAGCACCUCUAAAACUACACGCCAUCCGCACCUUACAGCCGCAACGGGUGAAACCAACAGCCUGCUAAUCUUGAAGUUCCCCCCAGACUUGUAAUAUCUCCAGUCCGCUGUCUUCAUUAUUUUACGAAGGUUACCAUUUUCCAUCUUUGAGCGGUUUUCCACCUAAGGUCGGAGAAAAUGGCAGCGAUUCCAUCAAGUGGCUCCCUCAUCGCCACCCACGAUUACUACAGAAGACGCCUCGGGUCCAACUCUAGUAACAGCUCCUGUGGCAGUUCUGAGUUCACAGGAGAGGUCAUUCCACACCAUCCAGGACUUCCAAGGCAAGAUUCCGGCCACUGGUGGAUGUCAUUUUUCUUUGCAAAACAGAACCAGGCCGGCAUGCAGAAUGGAUCUGAAAACCAAAAGAACGGAACCUACACAGUGGCCAACGGCCAGGUGACCUGCAUCGCCAGGGAAAUGGUUCUGAACAGAGAACUCCUAGAGAGCAAUCAUCCAUCGACCCCUCCACCCACUUCCUCCUAGACCUCCUCGUACCUCCUCCCUGCUCCUUCACCCUCUGUUUGCCAGCUCAUAGUCCAGCUCUGGAGAUGAUGCUGGUGAUGAUGGGGAUGCUUUUUCCCCUUUAGGACACAUAAUGUGUUUCCUCCUGCCUCUGUAUAGUAUGUUGUAUUAUGACCAAAAGUUCAAAAAAAUGAGUAUGUAAAAAGUUUUUCAUUUUGUUCUUCUUGUAACUUUACACAGUAAAUAUAAUAAUAAUAAAUACAAUGCCUGCAGUCAUAAAUUAUGUUGUAUAUUAUUGUGUCCAUUAGGCUUAUAGUUUUUAUUAAUAAUAAACAUUUUUCCAUUG